AUGCUUGUCAAGUCGAGUUUCGCCCUCGCCUCCGCGGCCCUUGUUUUGGGUGCCGCUUCCUCGUCCUCUUCGUCACAGCCCUAUGAGGAUACCUACGAUUAUAUCGUCGUCGGUGGUGGCACCGCUGGAGUAGCCGUGGCGGCUCGGCUCAGCGAGGGACUCCCUGCCUCCAAGAUCCUCCUCAUCGAGGCGGGACCCACGGUGUGGGAUGAGCCUAAUAUCAACGUUCCCGGCAUGAAGGGCUUGGCUCUGGCUACAAAGUACGACUGGAACUUCACCACCGUGCCGCAGACCAACGUGAAUAGCCGAACUUUCACAAUCAACCGAGGCAAGGUCCUCGGCGGCAGCUCCGCCCUCAACCUCAUGUCGUACGACAGGGCUGCCGUGGCCGAGUAUGACAGCUGGGAGGCUCUCGGCAACCCGGGAUGGAAUUGGGAGACAAUGAUUGCCGCCAUGAAGAAAUCGGAGAACUUUACUGGCAUCAAUACCGAUACGUACGGCUCCGAGGGCGUCGGUGAUAGCGGUCCUGUCAAGGCUGUCAUCAACCGCAUCAUUCCCGAGCAUCAGAAGACAUGGAUCCCGACGAUGAAUGCCCUCGGCAUCGAGAGCAACUUGGAGUCGCUUGGCGGAGACCCUCUCGGUGUGAUGUAUCAACCCAGCAGCAUUGAUCCGACUCAUUACAAUAGGUCUUACAGCGCCAACGCCUAUGUUCCCAUUGCCGGAUCGAACUUGGAAAUCCUUUCCGAUACUACGGUUAUCAAAGUCAACCUCGGAAAGGCAGCAAGUAACUCGACGGUUCAGACGGCCACGGGCGUCACCCUUUCAGACGGAACCAUCAUCUCAGCCCAGAAGGAGGUAAUCCUAUCUGCUGGCUCUAUCCAAAGUCCGGGUUUGCUAGAAUUGUCAGGUAUUGGCCAAUCCUCGGUCCUCAACGCCUCCGGCAUCGCCCAAUUCAUUGACCUCCCUGGCGUCGGUGAGAACCUCCAGGACCAUCUUCGCAUUCAAAGUUCCUACCAGCUUAAGGACAACUACACCUCCUUCGACAUCCUCCGCAGCAACGCCACCUACGCUGCGGAGCAGCUGGCCCUCUGGAACGCCGGAGAAGUCUCGCUCUACGACUACACCGGUAGCGGCUACACCUUCACAACUUGGGCGCAAGCCAUCGGCAACGACUCGCGUCUGGUUUCCCUCGCCAAGGAAGCCGCCGGCGAAGACCCCAGCGUCGUCGACCAGAAGAAGCUGGAGUUUAUGACCGACCCUUCCAUCCCCCAGCUCGAAGUCAUCUUCUCGGAUGGCUACACCGGCGUCAAGGGCUACCCCGCAUCGACUUCACCUCUCUUCGGCGAAGGAUUCGUCACCCUCAUCGCUGCAAUCAUGCACCCCAUGAGCCGAGGCAACAUCCACAUUAACCCCGUCAACACCAAGGGAAAGCCCGUCAUCAACCCGAACUACUUUGCGCACGAACACGAUCUCGAGGCGGCGAUCCAAGCAAUCAAGUACUGCCGUAAGAUCGCCACCACCGAACCCAUGAGAUCCAGUUGGGACAAUGAGUACGAACCUGGACUGGAUGUUGUCCAGACCGACGAGCAGUGGAAGCAGUUUGUCCUCAACACGACGUUGAGCAUCUUUCACCCCGUUGGAACAUGCUCCAUGCUACCGAAGGAGGAUGGCGGUGUUGUCGACAGCGACCUGAAGGUGUAUGGAACUUCUAAUCUGCGCGUGGUCGAUGCUAGUGUCAUCCCUCUUCUCAUUUCUGCGCAUGUACAAACUGCUGUCUAUGGCAUCGCGGAGAUUGCGGCCGAGCGCAUUAUUGCAGAUGCUCAGUACUGA